AUGAGCGAAAACGACCUCCUCUUCCGCAUCAGCCAAAUAACGACCUACGUGAGCAAGUGGAUAAUCAAGGCCAAAGUGGUGAACAAGACGAAGCUGUCCACCUUCAAAAGCAACAUCAACUUCUUCAGCAUAGAUGUGACGGAUGUGCACGGGGACUCCAUCUCGUGCAAAUUCUGGGGGAGCGCGGCAGACAAGUGGUUCAACAGCAUCGAACUGAAAAAAGUGUACAUAUUUUCCAAGGGUAGGGUUUCCAUCGCUAACCCUAAGUACAACACGGUAAAGCACAAGUACGAACUAACGUUUAACGAGGAUAGCGAAAUUCAUGAAGUGAAAGAUGAUGGAGAAAUAAAAAUACAGAAAAAAAUUUCGCUAGUCAAUUUAAGGGACAUAAAAAUAGCAACAAAGGAAACCCCAUUCACAGCAGAUUUGAUAGGUAUAGUUAAGCACAUUGGCGCCAUAAACAAUUUGAAGACAAAGCAUGGAAAUGAAAUAAUGAAGCAAAAUAUCAUCAUCGUUGACGACACAAAACACUCCUUCGAAAUAGCUUUCUGGGACAGCAACGUAAAUUUAAUCAGAGAUGAAAUAAAGGAAAACGAAAUUUAUGUCUUUACCAACAUAAGUAUACGAAAUUGGAAUGACAUUAAAAAUGGAACCUUUGGCGUGACCAGUUCGAUCGAGAAAAUAGAAAACCUAAAUGAAGACUUAAAAGCUAAAUGUACAAUGAUAUCAGAAUGGUAUAAUACAAAUGGAAAAUAUGAGCAAUUCACUAACAUGAGGAAUAUCUUAUCCAAUGACGUCAGCCAAAUUCCUGAAAAGCAUUACGCCUUAAGUGAUGUAAAUGAUGUUUUAGCAAAAAUUUCUGGUACUUACACACUGGUAGGAAGAAUUAAAAGAAUAUAUUGGAAGGGUAAAGAAAAUGAGCAUCGAUUUUACUAUCCUGCUUGCGCCAAAUGUAAAAAAAAAUUAUUGUCAAGUACACCAGACAAUGCGGCAGAUAAUGAUUAUGAAACAAAUCCAAAUGAUGAAGAAAAUAUUGUCUAUUCAUGUAUGAAUUGUGAUGAAAGUAAUGUUAAGCCUUAUUAUAACUACACCUUUAAUUUCCUGUUCAUGGAUUUUUCCGGAUCUAUAAACUUAAGGGCUUUCUCCGAUGAAGGGUAUAAUUUAUUGGGAAAAAAAGCAGAAGAGUUAAAAAACCUAGAUGAAGAUAACCUAAAUUAUCUCUUCAAUUACGAUUUCUUAUAUAAAGAAUACAAAGUGGUUGUUAGGGUUAACCAGAAAAUGUACAACGGCGUAGAACGCGUGAACUUUACCGCAAUGAGAAUUUUCCCGCAAAAACAUUCAGAUAUUUCCUAUUUGCUAAACGAAAUUCAGCUACUCAUUUCGAAGGAUAAUACGCCUAAUAAAAAUAAGAGGGCCCUAAAUGACGAUUUCCAUGAUACGAAGAAGCAAAAAGUAUGA